AGUGCUACAAGAUUUUUUGGGGGGGGCAGAAAACAUGAUAAAGAGCAAUAAGAAAAUUAAUUCCCAAGACAGCGCAAAAAAUGCCAUCUCAAGAAGCAAUGUCAACAAACAGCCCAAUAGCAUGGCUAUCUUCCCCCAACCAAAUGCCACAAAUAGCUUUUCAUUGUUCUUGGAAAGUUGCGUGCACCCUGUUCCAAAUUCCGUGAGACAUUUUGGGAAUCUGCCCAUCUUAAGCCCUGUCUCCCUGCAGUUGGAACAGAUAAAGACUCAGUUGGCACUGCACCAGCUGAAUGCAAUUGUUGGCACAAGUGUCACUCCGGCUGCAGUUUCUACACCUGCUUUGACCUUGCUCAACUUGCUUAAGGUCACUAUGUCGCAUCCAUUGUAUAAUCCCCGUGGAGGACCUUUCCCCAGCGGUCAAAGACCCAUCGUGCCCAGCCAGUAUGGUCUUGUGUCACAGCCUCGAAUGGAGAUGGGCACAGCCCAUCUUGGCCCAGGUUCCAUGUCUGGUUCUCGUGGAGGAUUGUUGGGCAACGCGCCCUUCUCAAUGGGACAAGGUCAGUCGCAGAUUUCUACAGAAAUUGAAGCUGCCAUUGACCGUAACCUUCGGGGAGCCCGUGAGGAAGUGCGCAUUAUUUCGCAAAUGCUUCAGCAACCCAAAAAAGCAGAUCCUCGUCUAAGAAACGACUCCAUGGAUGAUGUGCUUUCCUCCAGAGGCAGCGGGUUUUCAGGGUCUUCGAGAUCAGAUGAGGUGGACUGGUCCAUGUACCAAGCCCCAAGCAAACUCUUUGCGUCAAGCAUGGAUCGCCCUUCCAGUUCCUCUCCGCUGUUCAAGUCUGCAGGUUUUGGUGGAGGACCAAGUGGUUUGAGCAGCCAACGUCCGCCGGAACAGCGACCAAAUCGCUACACUUCAGAAAGUGCCACCAGCAUCCUAGCAAGCUUUGGACUUUCUAAUGAAGACCUAGAACUUCUAAGCCACUACCCAGAUGAUCAGCUGACUCCUGACAACCUACCGUUUAUUCUACGGGACAUUCGUAUGCGUAAGGUGAAGAGGGAUGUUGAUGAGAGACCUGACUACAAUAAAGUCAUUGACUAUGGACAUUCUAGUAAAUUUGACUAUCCUGAGGAGAGCUCAGAAAGUUACACAACUGAACACCUGCCUAAAGAGACUUCAAAGUAUGUGAGUAAGGUCUCUAGACCGGCCUUCACUGGUAGUGACAUCACAAAGCAACCUCAGAUGUGCCAAUCAGCUCCAGGCCCCAUACGUGUUCCAGACCUUCAGAAACCUUCACCAGUUGAUCUGAGACCCACUAAGACGAUCCCAGCGAGACCACCUGCUUCCCAGCCUGUUCCGACACCUUCCAGUCGACCUCCUCUGCAGGUACCGCCUCAGCUUGGUGUCCUUCCUAUGAUGUCCGUGGAUGACAUGCCUGGAGGUCCCAACUGGAUCCCGUUCCUGUCGCCACCAGUCAGCAUGCCCCCACUGAAGAGGCUACCGACUCCAACCAUGAUGAAUGAUUACUCUGCAGCUACUCCAAGAAUCUUUCCUCAUACAUGCUCUCUAUGUAACAUUGAAUGUGUCAAGAUUAAGGAUUGGCUCGAACAUCAGAACACAAAUGUUCACAUUGAGAACUGUAGGCGUCUUAGGAAACAAUACCCUGACUGGAAGGUUGAGUCUGUCGCUGUUUCAAGAUCUGAGUCUAAAUCUGAACACAGCAGCUCAAAGCGGCACGCCCGAUCACACUCAUACUCCAGGUCCCCCAGCCCAAAAAGACACCAUGACUCUUCAAGUCGACGCAAACGAUCGCGUUCCCGGUCUCGAUCCAGAUCCAGAUCUAGAUCUCGCUCCCGAUCCCGCUCCCGUGGCUCUAGAAGGUAUCGGCGUAGCAGAAGUCGCACCCGGUCCCCGCAUAGAAAGUCUCGAUCCAGUCCCUACAGACGAAGGUCGCGUAGUCCACCGUCUCAACGGGCCAGAUCUCCAGGUUACAGUAGGAGGUCUCCACGUCGCUCCAGUCCACGCCGGAGCAGCCCUUCCAGGCAGCAGAGAUCAAGCAGUAGUGACCUUCUAGCUAUGAAACUCAUGUCAUCACCUGAGCUUUCUUCAAUCGCAGACAGUGAUAUUAAAGCUAUGGUGAAGUCCUUGGCACCAGCGCUGCUGGCUGAACUAGCAAAGAAGAAAAGCAGUUCCACAGUUUCCUCAUCAAAGGGAAGUAGCAGCAGCAGCAGGCGGUCUUCCCCUCCAAAGAAAACUGAAUACUCCAGCACAAGCAGAACCUCCACCUCAAAGUCUCACAGCACUUCGAAGCCUAAUCCCAAAUAUGCGCCAGGCACCUCCUGUUUACUGAGGCUCCUUGGCCUUCCUAUUGGGACUACAAGCAAAGAUCUCACUGAUGCCAUUGAACCUUUUGGCAAGAUUUAUACUGCCAUCCUCCUCAAGGCUAUUAGAGAGGCUUCUGUCUGUAUGGAGAGAGAGGAGGAUGCCAGAGCUUUGCUCAAUUGCAAAAACUUGACAAUUCAUGGGCAAGUCAUUAGGGUCUGCAUGGAGAGGGAUGCUGAAACUGGAAGAAAAUAUAUUAAGCCUGAAAAAGUUUUCAAGAGAAAAGAAGCGACUACAACAAAACCAAUUCAGAUACCAAAAGGAAAAGCUGCAAACGUAGUUAAGGUACCUCAGCCAGCUAAAGCAAAAGAGGUGACAGGUUUCAAGGCAACUCAAGCAACUAAGGGAAAACCAACUGAGAUGAAAAAGACAGUGCCUGCAGCUAAACCUAAACCUCCUGCCAAGGUUCCAGCAGAAACAGCAGUUGCCAAGAAGGUUGUAAAGAAGGAAAUACCCUGGAGAAAAAAUAUAGUGGAAAUAACAAACCUUCCAGAGGCAGGGGUUACUGAAGAAGAACUCACCAACCUUGCUAAACCUUAUGGCUUCACUGAAACCCCUGUCAUAGCAAUCAACCAACAAAAGGCCUAUCUGCAGAUGCCCAACACCGAGGCAGUUGAAAAAAUGGUGAAGGCCUUUUCAGAGACCCCAGCUAAAGUAAAAGAGAAAGAGAUAACCAUAAAGAUGAUGAUGCAACCCAUCGAUCUGAACUACACUGAGUCAGUAUUCAGAGUGCUCAUGGGUAUGGAGAAAUCACCAGAAAUUAUGACUUUACCAGAACGGCUUCUCAUUGUUGGCAAUGUGCCAAAAAUGCUUGGGGCAAUCAAGGAAAUAGAAACUGUAGUCAAGCGCUAUGGUGUCUUCAAGAAGGUUUUACCUCUUAAUGGCAGGGUGAUUUUUGAAAUGGAAAAUGCUGCAAGUGCUCGAGCAAUCUUUAUCCGCUUCGUAAAGUUUCGUUGUACAGUCCAGGACAAGGUUCUUACCUUCCAGCUAGCCAAACCGCUCAAGCUGAAAAAGAAGCCGGAUGCAAAAGGGGCAAAACCUUCUGCUAAACCACCUGCAAAACCUAAUACUGUCAAAGCAAAACCAGUGGCUGCAGCUCCUGCUGAACCAGCUGUCAAAAAAGAUGAAAAACCUUCUGCCGCAGCUAAAACUGUUGCGCCUAAAGGAGAGGACAGUAUUGUUAUUAGCGAUAAUGAAGUAAUUUUGAUUGAAAGUGAUGAUGAAGAAAAGCUAAAAGCUAAAACAGCUGCAGCUAAACUCGCUGAGGCUACUAAAGACAGUGCAGUUCCUAAUGCAGACACAGCAGUUUCUGAGAAUAAAGUGGAAUUAAACAUCCAAGAUGCUAAAAAAUUCGGCACAGUCACCCCAGAGACUGGAUCUGUGACAAAAGAGCUUGAAACCGGGUCUUCAGUCACCAAGAUAGAAGCUGAGUCUAUAAAGAAGGAGCUUGAAGUUGAAUCCUCUGCUCCCACUUAUGAAUCUGCCACUGAAUCUGUGAACAAGGAGCUUGAGGUUACAGAAGCUACAGUUUCAGUUGAGUCUGAGAAAGCAGACCUUCAUGUGGAAUCAGCUGUUCCUGCUUCACAAUCUGCAAUUUCUGUUGAAUCUGUGAAUGAAGAACAUAAAGAGGGAUCCUCAACAUAUGCUUUAGAGUCUGGAAAGACAGAUCUUGAAGUUAAAUCUACUUCAGAAUCUGCAGUUUUAGUGGAGUCUGCAAAAGCAGAGCAUGAAUUGGUUUCUCCAGAAUCUGCCAUUCCAGUUGAGACAACUGAGCAGUCAGAGGCUGACUCGAAAAAGGAUCAGGAUGUCCCACAAGCUGAAGAUGCUCCCAAAGAACCCCUAUCUACAUCUGUGGAAGGCAAAAUUAAGGAUGAAAAGUUAGCCGAGGAUGGAGAAAUGGAGCUUGGUGCUUCAGGUGUAAGCAGUGAGGAAAUGGCAGUAGAGCCCAUGGAGACCCAGAGUACUGAAGAAACUACCAAAGACACUGAUGUCAAAGAGGAUGACUGUAAACAACAGGAGCGUAUCGUCGACAGCGAGGGCCAAUCAAAGGACUUGACACCAACUGAAAAUGUAGAGGGGGACAUUAACCUUCAAACUGAAGCUGGAUCUGAUGCAUCUGACUCCGUUCCAACCUCAGAUCCCACCUCUGACCUGCCCUCCACUUCCAAUAAAGCUUUCAGUAAUUCAUCUGUCACAGUUACAUGUGCCUCGGAUAGUCACCAUGUAGUGCCUGAGCCCUUCCUAAUAAAUGACCAGUCUUUGGACUUUCCUCCAGUUACACAGGAGAUACUGAAGGCUCUUGAAUUAGCUGUCCAUCAGUGUCGCUUACAGUCUUCAUUAAAACGAGCUGAAGAGGAAGCCAAACAGAAUGCUGAGACAGAGAAAAAAGCUGCAGAAAAGAAAACAGCAAAAGGUCAGACAGGUGCUAAAAAGCCUGCUCAAGCCACCAAGAAAGCCACUCCAGCUCAAACUAAAAAGAUGCAAGCAGAAAAGGAGAAAAAGUCUCAGAGCUCUGGGUCCAAAGGCAAGACUACUGACACCUCUUCUCCAGAGAAAGAUAGCACUUCUAGGCAUAGGACCAGAGGUAAUUCUGAAGAGGAGGGUACUACUCGCAGGCGUGGAGGAUCCUCUGGGGCUUCCUCGCUGAGGAGCAGGCGGGAAUCCAGCCCUCCAUCGAAGCGAACAAGAGGGCAUGAUGUUGAUUCCAGGAGACCCUCGAGGACUCACUCAAGAACAAGAGCAUCUGUAAAGGAAAAAGAAGACGAGUCCUUUUCAUUCAACUUUGAUGAGUUUGUGACCGUUGAUGAAGUAGGGGAUGAUGCUGAGGACAUUGUGGCCUCAACAGCAGAGUCCUCUGCCAUGGAUGAGAAUAUCGAAGAUAACCCCGAUCCCCAUACUCUUACUGCACAGUCAGAGGCAGAUCAACCCAAACCAACAGAUAGCGGUGUUCCUUCUGAGACAAGUGAAUCUGAAAUUAAUAAAUGUGUGGAAGAAUUGGAAGCCAAGGCUGAAGAAACCACACAGGUUGAUGUUGAUAUUGCAGAGGAGCAGGAAUCUCUGGAAGAUAGCUCUGAUAAACCACCAGAGACCGACAUUAGAUGUGAGACAGAAGAGCCUUGUACUGUCACAGAAACCUCUUCAGCAGAGACAAACACCAAUGAGGAGUCCCUUCCAGCUAUUAAAGAAAGUUCUGGCAUUGAAACAUUGGAUGAAUUAGAGCCAAGUCAGGCUGUUUCUUCUUCACCUUCACAAAAGGAAGGAUCCCCUCCACGUUCUGCAGAAACGCUAGAAAAAUUUAAAGAUAAUCACUCCGAGGAGCCUGAAACAUGUGCCCCUGAGAUGGAGAAUAAAGAAGAGGCAGCCGACCAGACCCCUGAACUUCCAUCCCAUGAUGCUUUGGUCACUCUUGAUGAGGUCAGCGAGGGUGAGGAAGAUUUUAUUGAUGAAACAAAUGAGGAACCGCUUUUAAAGGCAGAUGAAUUGCCUGAGAUGCUUCUAACAGUUGAUGAGGUUGGAGAUGAUGAAACUGGAAUUGAAGAAUACCAGCUGGAGAAAGAACUUCAAGGCCUAGUCACACUGGAUGAGAUUGUUGAUGAAGAAGAGGAGUUUGAUCCAGAGACUCUGGUAACCUUGGAUGAGGCCAAAGGGGAUGAUGAGGAGAUUGAGGAAUUGGAGCAGAGUGAAUCUAUGCCUACCAGUCCCAGGACCACAACACCGAUCGUACCAGAGGAACCUGUGAAAUCACCAAGACAAGAAGAUGAUGCUUGUUACCUUGAAGAGCUUCGCAAGAUGAACUUCGUAACUGUAGAUGAAGUUGGAGAGGAGGAGGAGGAGCAGCCACCUUGUGAAGAGGUCAAAGAGGAGAAGCAAGUUAAGAAGAGAGCUACAAGGGGCAGAAAGAGGGCUCGUCAGACCCCAGUGAGACGUUCCACAAGAGGAAAAAGAGGGAGCGCAAAGGUUGUAGAAGAGCCUGAAGAAGAAGAAGAACCUGAGGCGACAGCUGAACCUGAACCAAUGCCAGAGGCAUCCAUAGUUGAGAGUCCUUCUGCAGCUGUAGAAUCUGUGGAUCUUGCUGUUCAACCAGAACCACAAAAGGCUGAAACCAUGAUGGUUACAGAUUCAUUGACUGCAGAGGUAUCAGAAGAGGACAGGAUUAAAGCUAAAGAUGAUGACGGCUCCACAAAGUCAGAAACUGAUACUCCUGACACACCAGCUUCUGAUAAAAACCCCACAAUUAAAGAGGAGUCCAAGGACCGGCGUGAGAUUGACCCAAUAGAGGAACCCGAAGCCAAGAGGUCCCGCUCUCAGUCCCCUGUUAUUGAAGACUUCACUAUGCCCCCGUUCAACCCAGACAACCCCAUUGGUAUUGAUUUUGUGAUUCCCAGGACAGGUUUCUUCUGCAAACUUUGCUCUUUGUUCUACGUCAAUGAAGAUACGGCUAAGAAAAGUCACUGUAGUAGCUUAAAGCAUUACCAGAACAUGGAGAAAUACUAUAAGAAGCAGAGGUCUCAGCAGCAGCAGCAGGGUGGCUCUUCAUCACAGUCAGCAGCCAGUCAAGGUUCAGCAUCUGAAUAGUCUUUAUUAAGAGAUUUUGUUUAUUUAGUUUCUUUUUUUGUAUUAAUGCUACCGGAUGGGUCCAAUUGCUUUGUUGUAAAGUUUUAUUUGUUCUUGUUUAGAAUUUAUUAGCUCAUGCUAAAUAAAGACAUCACAAUCUCAAGUCAAA